CCUGCUUUCAGACUCAAAACUCUUUGUCCCGAUGCGGUUAGUUGGCUAACCACCGGAUUAGACCGACCUGUCGGUUUAAACCGGUGCGUCAUUUUCUCCUCCAAAGCAAUACAUCCCUGAGAAGGCCGUGUACUGCGUCCUCCUCAACAAAAUAUAUUUCCAACAUGGCACCAUCGAAGCCAAUCACCGAAACCCCUCGAUUCCUCCUCCCACGUCUGACUUGGGUUGGUACACCCCGCGCGACUACCACCGCUCUCCAGGGUGUUCCGGCGAGAAGAUCCCUGGAAGUACAAAACCGAGUCGAUAAAUUCAGGGCUCACAGCAGGAAACUCCAUAUCGCAGCAGAGCCUCCCCGUGGCUCUCAUCUAUCGUCAUUCACACGAUCGGUAAUAAAACCGCAAACUUUCAACACCCCCGCCAAUACCACCUGCACCAACCCCGUCAAGCAUAAUGGCGUUUAUGUUGCCGCGUUCAGGCCCGCACGACGCGCUUUCCAUGCAUCUGCCGCCAUGCGUCGCAGCCAUCACUUUGAUACCUUGAAGAUUGUGCAGAGGCUUAGGAAUGAAGGGUUCAGCGAGGAACAGUCGGUUGCACUGAUGAAGGUCCUGAAUGAUGUGAUCCAGGAGUCUAUCCAAAACCUUACCAGGACUAUGGUAUUGAAAGAAGACUCCGAACGUGCGACAUAUACACAAAAAGUGGACUUUGCAAAACUGCGCUCCGAGUUGCUCAACUCAGACUCCACCGAAUCUCAACUCACUCGCUCAUCACAUGAGCGAAUUGCCGCAGAUCUAACGAAGAUGAACUCACGACUACGUGAUGAGAUCGGGCGUACACAGGCGUCUGUUCGGUUGGAUUUGAACCUGGAGAAAGGCAGGAUCCGCGAGGAGGCGAACAGCCAAGAUAUGCGGAUUAAGGAGACUGAGACGAGAAUAGAGCAAGAGGUCGCUGGGCUUCGGGAGCGUGUGCAAGCAGUGAAGCAGUCGACUCUGCAAUGGCUUGUGUGAGUUGAAUCUACUUUCAAUCAUUUCCCCUUCUUCGUUGUGUCUAUUUUCUAACUUGUGGAUUAGGGGUGUUUGCACGGGUACCGCUGCUCUGAUUGUCGGUGCUUGGCGCUUGUUGAUGUGAGGAUAGUGUAACGUUUAAUGUCAUUCUCUAGAUAUUUCCUU